CGCUUUGAGAUGUGGGGCCGCCACCGCUCUUUGACGGAGUCUGUGUACCCGUGUCCUCGCCGACUACGGGUACGCGGAGGAGAUGGAGCAGCUGCUACAAGGGACGAGGUGGCAUCGCCUCCUCACGAUGCGGGCUGAAUCCAGCCUGCCCCUGACGAUCGAGUUUCUGUGCUCUCUAGAGUUGGAGCCAUCUACAGGGUCGAGGUCGCUGAACUUCCAGUCCGUCGACUCUCGCACCACCCUCACCUUUACUCUCCUAGGGCGGGGAUUUCAGCUGACAGUCGCCGAUCUGGCUACACACUUGGGUCUCUACACAUUGGAGGAAACGUCGGCGCCAGAAUUCGAGGCCGCACCAUACCUUCUCCCUGCAGACGUUGAUCCUGCUGACUUUUGGGCAGAGCAUUCCUUCGAUCCAGACCGCUUUGAGGGCAUGGGUCGAGCCAGCCAGUCUAUGGGGAAUCGGAUGCACAUUGUCUGUGGUUUCGUGGUCACCAUACUCUUCCGAUCACUCGAGGGGACGGCACCCAUUCCGCGGGCCCAGAUGAUGAUGCGAGAUUUGGAUGCAGGCAUGCUGAGGAAUGCUCACAUCCGUAGGAGGUUGGGAGCUAGCUUCCUCAUCUGCGCCCUCGUCCUCAGGAGCAUCUUCGCAGGUUUGAUCCUUGCUGUAGCAGAGAAUACUUGCCGUGCAAGCCUUUUCAAUAUGGUGGGCUACGCCUUUGUUUGCAAUGGAAUACCUUCGUCAGGAUCCCGGUUAGCUGAAGUGGAUGGUGAAGUAGGCAUGGGGCUGUUGGUUUUACUUUCAAGUCCAAAAGCCGUUGCAAAAUCCUGUUUUCCCCCAAUAGGCGUAGGUGACAAAGCGUUUUCCUCACCGGAGAAGGUGUCGACUGAGUUUAGCGUGACACUAACAUCAGCCGAAGAGGAGGAGGCCUGGCCAGCAUCAUUACAUUGGUGUGGUUUACCACUGCUCUGACCGGCAGCCCCCCGCUGCUUUGCCUCACUAACCGGCGUUCCAUCAAAGACAAAGUUUGUAAUGUUAUGGCUGUUUUUCCUAGUUCCCUUCUUCAUCUUGUUCUUCUUACUAUGACCC